GAGGAGGAAGGAGGAGGAUGGCGGAGUCCGGGCUCUUGACGGCAGCGGGGGUUAAGUGACUUGCCCAUGGUCACACAGCUAGAAUUCUAAUGAGCCUUUGACCUUCACCUUUUUACUAGUUGGAAUGUGUUAUCAAGUUUGGGUACAGUGCCUUCAGAACCAACAUGUAACAGAUGGAUGUCACUUUAUACAAGUUGCUACUUCAAGCCAACAUUUUUGACUCUGUAGGAUCCCUGUACCUUCAGCCUUGAAUUUCAAUUUGUUGUUGUAAACAAAAUAAAAUAAGUUCAUGUAGUCUUGCUCUAGCUUGAGUCAUCAUGAGUAGCAGUCUAGGAAAAGAAAAAGACUGUAAAGAGAAAGACCCUAAAGUGCCAUCAGCCAAGGAGAGAGAAAAGGAGGCAAAGGCCUCUGGAGGUUUUGGAAAAGAGAGCAAAGAAAAAGAACCUAAGACCAAAGGGAAAGAUGCCAAAGAUGGAAAGAAAGACUCUGGUGCUGCACAGCCAGGUGUGGCUUUUUCUGUGGACAAUACUAUCAAACGCCCUAAUCCAGCUCCUGGGACUCGAAAAAAAUCUAGCAAUGCUGAAGUGAUUAAAGAGCUAAACAAAUGCCGGGAAGAGAAUUCAAUGCGAUUGGACUUAUCCAAGAGAUCUAUACACAUGCUUCCUUCAUCAAUCAAAGAAUUGACACAGUUAACAGAACUUUAUUUAUACAGUAACAAAUUACAGUCUCUUCCAGCAGAGGUAGGCUGUUUAGUGAAUCUAGUAACACUGGCACUGAGUGAAAACUCACUGACCAGUUUGCCUGACUCUCUUGAUAACUUGAAGAAGCUUCGUAUGCUUGACCUGCGGCAUAACAAACUGAGAGAAAUUCCCUCAGUGGUGUAUAGGCUAGAUUCUCUUACCACUCUUUACCUUCGUUUUAAUCGAAUCACUACUGUGGAAAAGGAUAUCAAAAAUUUGUCAAAACUCAUUAUGCUUAGCAUUCGGGAAAACAAAAUCAAACAACUACCUGCUGAAAUUGGUGAAUUAUGUAACCUCAUAACCUUGGAUGCUCACAAUCAACUGGAGCACCUAUCCAAAGGAGAUUGAACCUGCACUCAAAACAACCUUGACUUGCAGCACAAUGAACUCUUGGAUCUUCCUGACACUAUAGGAAACUUGUCCAGUUUAAAUCGUCUUGGACUAAGGUAUAACAGACUGUCAGCAAUACCAAGGUCAUUAGCAAAAUGCAGUGCACUUGAGGAGCUGAAUUUAGAGAACAAUAACAUUUCUACUUUGCCAGAGGGUCUUUUAUCAAGUCUUGUGAAUCUGAACAGUUUGACACUAGCUAGAAAUUGCUUCCAGUCAUAUCCAGUGGGUGGUCCAUCUCAAUUCUCUACCAUCUAUUCCCUCAAUAUGGAACACAACAGAAUCAAUAAAAUUCCAUUUGGAAUUUUCUCCAGAGCAAAAGUAUUAAGCAAGCUGAAUAUGAAGGACAAUCAGUUAACUUCCCUUCCCUUGGACUUUGGGACUUGGACCAGUAUGGUAGAAUUGAAUUUAGCUACCAAUCAGCUCGCAAAAAUCCCUGAGGAUGUGUCAGGGCUUGUUUCUCUUGAGGUUCUAAUAUUGUCAAACAAUGUUCUAAAAAAGCUCCCUCAUGGCCUUGGAAACCUUCGGAAGUUAAGAGAAUUGGACCUUGAGGAGAACAAACUAGAAUCCUUGCCGAAUGAAAUUGCUUACCUUAAAGAUUUACAGAAAUUAGUCCUAACAAACAACCAGUUGAAUAACCUUCCCAGAGGAAUUGGUCACCUUACCAAUCUUACACAUCUUGGCCUUGGAGAGAACCUACUUGCUCAUCUUCCUGAGGAAAUUGGUACACUGGAGAACCUAGAAGAACUAUAUUUGAAUGACAACCCUAACCUUCAUGGCCUUCCUUUUGAGUUGGCUCUCUGCAGCAAACUGUCAAUCAUGAGUAUUGAGAACUGUCCACUCAGUCACCUUCCACCUCAGAUUGUUGCAGGAGGACCAUCUUUCAUCAUUCAGUUUCUAAAGAUGCAAGGUCCAUAUCGUGCCAUGGUCUGAUGCAAAUCAGUUGGUCCCUUACACUGUAUAAAUCAUAAACUGCAUUAAUGUUGUCUCAUAUCUAUAUCUGUAUCUGUUUGUAGAUAUUGAUAUAUAUAUGGCAGAUUUAUUAUGACUGCAUUAUGUGUUUCUGCUAAUAGAGGAAUCAUAGCCAUUUAGAUUUUUUUUUAUUCUGUAUAAAAUGCUUGUUUGAGUUUUCUUUGCUGAAUUUGAUGGAUUUUUGUCUGUUGAGUCAUAUGUAAUACCAGUUCACUUAAUACAUUUGCCAACAAAUUAAAAAAUUAUUAAAUUUAAGGGACAAAAUUAGUAUUGUUAGAUAGACUUUCUAUUAGAAAAAACAAUGUACAAAUAUUUGUUGCAACUUUUCAUAUUCAUUUUUCCCUUCUCCUUGUCAGAAACCUGUAAUGUCAUAUGUCCUAAAGAUAGAAUUUUUCUUUUAACUUAUUUUGAGAUUUGAAACAGAAAUGGUUUUUUAUAUAUUGUUUACAGUCAGAGUAAAUCACUGGAUUUUUUAAUUUGUUUUGAUUUGCUCUGUUUUAAUCAAUCAUAACUAGAAUUUAUAUGCUUCUGCUGAAGAAUUUGUAUCAGCUAGUUUAUAUACAAAACAUAUUUGCUCAAUGAAAUAAGUGGUAAACUGAAAAGAUGCAGCCAAAAUGCUUGAAUUCUUAUAAUUAUGCUUCUCUGAAUUAUCAUUUGUGAGGCAAAACAUAUCUGAACUGAGCCUUUGGGGAGGGUUGGGGGAGAGGAAAAGGGAAAUGACAUCUUUUCUAGCACAAAUAGCCUUUUCAGAUUGGGGAAAGAAAUAUAUAAUUGGUUCAGUGAAAAGCAAUUAUUGUUUUGGGAAGUUGCAGUUACACAAAUUACAGAUUGAUUGGCAAGAAAAUCUCAUCCACACACUUUAUGUAUAAAUAUACAAUCCUAUAUAGAUAUGUAUUUAUUAUGACAAAUGACAUCAAGUAAUGUUGAGGAUUUCUCCCCAUCCUUGUACAAUGAAAUGAAUUGAAUGUCUCUUACUUUUUAAACACUGCAAUAUAUGUAAGUUUUAGGGUUAUUUAACAAUGUACUCUGGUUUUAUAUCUUGACUUGCCUUGUACAUCUUUCAAUCCUGGAAUUUCUGCAUCCAAGCACAAUAUCUUUACACUGUGCUGUGUUGCUGCUGAACUAAAUGCACUUUUCCUUAUAUUUGGGGCACUAGCUUCAAACAAUUAAGUUCAGUUUCAUGUAUCAUUUGUUUUAACUUCACCCUUUCCCUCAGUAGUUACUUCAAGUGGCACAUGUUGAGUUGUGCAAAGAAGCUGUUGAUAGCUCAAUGGAAAUACUUUGAGUUGUGCAUGUACUCUCUGACAUCUUUUCUUUUUCCACAUUGCAUUAAGGCUAACAGAGUUGUCUAAGUGGCACACAUUUCCUACAGUACUGUUCUUUUUGUAAUGCCAGUAUAAAUUAUUUUCAUUAUCGUGGAGACUAAAAGGGCAGUUACAUUCCAAUUGAUAUCCCAAAACUCCCCUUUGUAAUGGAUAUAAAUUGUCGAUUGCUAUUUGACUAAUGCUAUUUAAGUAGGAAUUAUAUAUUUUGAACAAAUCUAUCAAUUAUUGGGAUGGGGAGUAAGGUGGUAUUGUCCCCCCCCCAAAAAAAAAAACCUCAGUACAGUUAAGGAUUGUACUGCUCUAGGCUAGAAUCACUCUUCUUAUUUAUCCAACGUUUUCAUAAAGAAAAAGUUUUAAAUGGAAGGCAGGUGGAGAUAUAAAACCCUAGGGGGCUUAACUGUGCUGUAAAACUAUUGUAGAUGUCACUGGUUUUUACCAGGUAAUAUGUUUUUUCUCUUUUUCCAUCUAUGUGGCUUUUCAGUUUCAAUUUUGUUUAUAAGAGAAUUAGCUGAUUACUGCUCUAAGUAGAGCGAAGAUUUUUUUUCCCCUCCUCUCAGCAUAAAGGUGUUAAAAUAUGAAAACGCUGAAACCUGGACUUUGAAGACCAUAAUCUAACUUCUGAAAAAUAAUUGGAAAGAUGUGUGGUCUUAUAGCUCUUUAAAAUGAAAAUGUCCCAUGUCUCUCAAAAUCUAGGUGUUCCUUUGCUUUAAUAAGGGGAAUGUCUUUCUAAUUUGUUAACCUAUUACAAUGAGGCAAUUUAUUGUAGUACUGAAGCUACCUGAAAAAGAGAAAAUGGGGGGGCCAUUGUAGAGACUUUUAAUGAGCAUAAGUCAAAUGUCUUCUAAUGGCUACCUCCUUUAUAAAACAGCACAUGGAUUUUUUUGCCUCUAGUAGCCAGAAACAAGCAUGAACUUUAAUUGGGCUUUGCUCUUAAACAAGAUGUUUCAUAUGUAAAUAGCUUGAUCUGAAUUAUCACCUUUCUAAGGUGUAUUGUUAAAAUGAUGUAUGAUCAGAGCUGACCCUCUUCCUGAAAUUGCAAUGGGAUGAGUAGUUGGUUUACCUAAAAUAACAUGCUUGCUGCUUUCUUUUAAAGAAAAUAUGACCAGUCUCUCCAUUAUCCUGUGAAUAAAUAAAACAAAAAAAUGUAGAAGAUGACUACAGUAUGAAACAGAUCCUUUUUUAAACUUUUCCUUCUUUUAAUGUGUGGUAGCUAAAUGGCAAUGCUACUUACUUUUUAAGGAGGUGUUAUGUGUGUGUUUGUCUGUCUGUUUCCAAAGUGGUUAUUUCCUACAGUAAAAAGGGGACAUACUAAAGAGUUUCAUGGAAAUAAAGAAUACAAAUAAAACCAAUAGGAGAUAGAAGCUCUAGGAAGAAAAAUAUGCAUAAAAUGCAUUUUUGUAAUAGUUCUAUUAAAGCUUGGGUACUGCAAUUGGAAUGAGUUUUAAUAAUUCACUUGCAUAUGUCUGAUUUAUCCUGCUGUAUAUUUGAAUCAGUUAAAAUGGGUAAAGUACUCUGUGGCAAAAUGUACCUAGUUUUUCAAAUCCUCCAUUAUGCUUUGUGCAUCCCUUUGGUUUUUAGUCUGUGUAUUGUGCCAAAUUUCAGUUGGCAGACUACUUUUGCUCAUCUGUACAAAUAGUUCGUGAUAAGAUUCACAAUGGAGAGGCAAGCAGUAUAACUCAAAAUAGGCAAGAGAGGGAAUUGAUAUUGCUAGGCAAAAUAAGAUAAAAUAUUUCUUUCUACCAGAAUUAGUAGUAAGUUAAUGAACCAGAUGCCUUAGUUAAAACUUUCCAUUUCAGUAUUGCUCUGAUCUUAUGACAGAUACUUCCUCUGGAGUCAAUUAGUAGAGAUUAAGAAGGGUGACAAUCUUUAGUGAUGCAAGAAUUUUUAUAUUCUGAAUGUAAGAAAAUCAUGGUAUUCACCUGGAAUUCAAGGGAUUAACUCUGAGAGAUAAAAUUUAUAGGACAUAUCAUGAGUGUGUCAUGGGUAAUAAAGUCAGUACUAAUGAAUAAGUGAAUAUAGUGUGGUAUGAACUUGAUAACAGUAAUUAUAAGGGGGAAAUCCUAAGUUAUUAAAAACUUUGAGAAAUAAAUAGAAAAUAUAACUUGUGUAUGUAUGUGUGUGUAUAUAUGUGUGUGUGUAUACAUAUAUAUAUAUGAAGUCAGUUUUACUGGAUUUAAAAUUUAUUUAAAUAAGAGUUGACUAGUACCCAAGAAAGAAAAAUUAAAAUCUUUUCUUAAUGUUAGUGUUAUCUCACAUACAUUUAACAUCUAAGUAAAUGAAAUUAAUCUGAACAAACCAAUUAUAACUAAGACGUAUCUCAGAGUAGGAUAAUAAUGGUGGCUUGGAGGAAAAAAAGGCAUUUUCCUACUGAAGGGUGAGGAAGAAUAACUUUAAAAGCCUGGUCAUAGCUAAUAAUAAAAACAGCUCACAUGUAUAUAUAAAGCUUCUUAAAGUUUUCAAAGUACUUUCUUCACAACAAUCUUGUGAGCUAAGUAGUUGGUGCAAGUAUUAUUACCAUCCUUUAGAGAUGAGGAAAUUGAGACUUAGGUUAAGGAAUGAAUUUACCCAGAGUCAAACACCUCGUAAAUGUUAGAGCCAGAACUCAAACCCAGGUCUUCUGACUCCAAGUCCAGAGCUCUUUCUACUACACCAUGCUGCCUCAGAUUGUUCUGUGAAGAACGAUCCUAAGAUUGAUUGGAUAAUAGGAUUAUGUGAGUGACAUUUUCAGCAUGUUAUAUGUUAUGGAAACCUAGCAAUGAUCCUAUUUUGAAAGUUUUAUUGUAGGAUAGUUGGUGCUUCAAUGAAUGUCCUUUAGAUUUCUGUGCAGUCUUGUCCACCUUUGACCGUUGCCAGUGUUAAAUAAAAAUUAGCAUGUUCAGACUUUUGAAAGCUAAGUAUACCAGUACCUUUUGCAGCAGCCAUAUACAUAUAAUUUUCUUCUAAUAAUUUUGGGGAAUACUUUUGUUCAACAAAUCUAUCCAGCUGGUAAACACUUAAAUAUGACACCCCCCACCCCCACCUCACUUUGUAUUAUCUAAAAAUACAACAUAAGGAAGAGUGUUUCAGGUUACUCUUCAAAGUACCUAUUUUUUUCAGUAUAAAUUUUAAUUACAGAAAUGAUAAAACAUGUCAUCAAAUAAUCUUAAUUCUCAUGAGUUAUCCCCUGUUUUCUGACCUUGAAUAUUAAUGCAACCUUUUGACAUAUCACAGAUUACAAAGUCUCCUUGUAGUAAUUCAACAAUUUGAAUGCAGCAAAAUAUUUUUGUAUAGUCAGUAGUGCACCUUAGUUGUAUCUUUAAUAUGCAUGUCAAAACUUGCUUUUAAUUAGAUGUACGGUUGGCAGUCAUUUGCACAACAUGACAAAUUUACAAGGCACAGUUAUAAUAUGAUAGUAUCUACAAACAAUAUUUAAUGGUUUGGGGUUUUAUUCUAGCAAAGAUUAAUGCAUCUUCUGAUGUGUAGGUCUUAACCAGGACUACACAGAACUUAGGUUGUGGAAAAUAUUUGCCCACAUUCAAUUGUGGUUAAAAGCUAAACAAAAUGUAAACAGUCCACAAAAAAAAAAAAUGUACUUUUAAUCCCACUUGUACUGUUGAUUGUUAUGUCUAUAAAAAAAUUGCCUUGCCUUU